UUCGUCGGGAAGAGUUGUUGAGUACACUGCUGAGAACUAGAGGAGAGAAAAAAUAAUAAUAAAAUAAUAAAGCGGCCCCAAGCCCGGGACCUGACCAGGGGAGUAGCAGCCCAGCUACGAAGAGAGAGGCGUGGGACCUUUCCUUGGUGCCAGGGCUCCGCUGUGUGUGCACGCCGAUACCGGCUUCCUUUGAUUGCGUGAAUCGGAGCCCGGGUCAGCGUCACUUCGGUUCGCCUCAGACCAGUUAGGAAUCUGAAGUAAACAAGAAAGCAUGAUGUCUUCAGCAUGGUCUGAAUAUACAAUUGGUGGGGUGAGGAUUAACUUUCCCUGUAAAGCUUACCCAUCACAGCUUGCUAUGAUGAAUGCUAUUGUCAGAGGAUUAAAUAGUAAGCAACAUUGUUUGCUGGAAAGCCCUACGGGAAGUGGGAAAAGCUUAGCUUUACUUUGUUCUGCUUUAGCAUGGCAACGGUCUCUUAGCGGAAAGCCAGUGGAUGAAAGCUUAAGUAAAAAAGCUGAAGUACCACUGCCCUGUUGUUGUACAUGCCAUUCAAAGAGUUUUACAAAUGAUGACAUGAACCAAGGAGCUUCGCAUCAUUUCAGUAGUCCUGGUACACCCCCUUCUGAAAGAAAUGGCACUUCAUCACCUUGGCGAGAUUCUCCUGAAAAAACUACAUUGGCUGCAAAGUUAUCUGCCAAGAAACAAGCAUCUGUAUGCAGAGAUGAAAAUGAUGAUUUUCAAAUAGAGAAGAAAAGAAUUCGAUCCUUAGAAACUACCCAGCAGAUUAGAAAACGUCAUUGUUUUGAAAAGGAAGUACACCAUUUGGAUACAAAAGUUGUCUCAGGAAAGACCACAAAACUCAGCUCCCCAUUAAGAAAGAUAAACUCCUUUUCUCCACAGAAUCAGUCUGGUCACUGUUCUAGGUGCUGCUGUUCUACUAAACAAGGGAACAGUCAAGAUUCUUCAAAUGCCAUUAAGAAGGAUCAUGGGGGGAAAUCCACGGUACCAAAAAUAUAUUUUGGGACACGCACACACAAGCAGAUCACUCAGAUUACUAGAGAGCUCCGGAGGACAGCGUACUCAGGGGUCCCGAUGACUAUUCUUUCCAGCAGAGAUCACACUUGCGUCCACCCUGAAGUCGUAGGUAACUUCAACAGAAAUGAGAAGUGCAUGGAGUUGCUGGAUGGGAAAAAUGGAAAGUCCUGCUAUUUUUAUCACGGUGUUCAUAAAAUUAGUGGUCAACAAACAUUCCAGACCCUGCAAGGGAUGUGCAAGGCCUGGGAUAUAGAAGAGCUCGUCAGCUUGGGCAAAAAACUAAAGGCAUGUCCGUAUUACACAGCGCGAGAGCUAAUAGAAGAUGCCAAUAUAAUAUUUUGUCCCUACAACUAUCUUCUAGAUGCACAAAUAAGGGAAAGUAUGGAUAUCAAUCUGAAGGAACAGGUUGUUAUUUUGGAUGAAGCUCAUAACAUUGAGGACUGUGCCCGGGAGUCAGCAAGUUACAGCAUAACGGAAGUCCAGCUGCGGUUUGCUCGGGACGAACUGGAUAGUAUGGUCAACAGUAACAUAAGGAAGAAAGACCAUGCGCCCCUACAGGCUGUGUGCUGCAGCCUCAUUAAUUGGUUAGAGGCAAACUCUGAACAUCUUGUGGAACGAGAUUAUGAAUCAUCCUGUAAAAUAUGGAGUGGAAGUGAAAUGCUCUUAGAUUUACAUAAAAUGGGUAUCACCACUGCUACUUUUCCCAUUUUGCAGGGACAUUUGUCUGCUGUCCUUCAAAAAGAAGAAAAGGUCUCAUCAAUUUUUGGUAAAGAAGAGGCAAUAGAAGUGCCUAUUAUUAGUGCUUCAACUCAAGUAAUGCUCAAAGGACUUUUUAUGGUACUUGACUAUCUUUUUAGGCAAAAUAGCAGGUUUGCAGAUGAUUAUAAAGUUGCUAUUCAACAGACUUAUACUUGGAUAAAUCUCACUGAUACUUCAGAUAAAAAUGGGUUGUUUGCGGUACCAAAAAAUAAGAAACGUUCACGACAGAAAACUGCAGUUCAUGUGCUAAACUUUUGGUGCUUAAAUCCAGCUGUGGCCUUUUCGGAUAUUAAUGGCAAAGUGUGGGCGAUUGUUUUGACAUCUGGGACAUUAUCACCAAUGAAAUCCUUUUCAUCAGAACUUGGUGUUACAUUUACUAUCCAACUGGAAGCUAAUCAUAUCAUUAAUAAUUCACAGGUUUGGGUUGGCACCAUUGGCUCAGGCCCCAAGGGUCGGAGUCUCUGUGCUACCUUCCAGCACACAGAAACGUUCGAGUUCCAGGAUGAGGUGGGAGCGCUCGUGUUGUCUGUGUGCCAGACUGUGAGCCAAGGCAUUUUGUGUUUCUUGCCAUCAUACAAGUUACUAGAAAAGUUAAAAGAACGUUGGCUCUCCACUGGUUUAUGGCAUAACCUGGAGUUGGUGAAGACAGUCAUUGCAGAACCACAGGGAGGAGAAAAAACUGAUUUCGAUGAAUUACUGCAGGUGUACUAUGAUGCAAUCAAGUACAAAGGAGAGAAAGACGGAGCCCUCCUGGUAGCGGUUUGCCGUGGUAAAGUGAGCGAGGGUCUGGAUUUCUCAGAUGACAAUGCCCGCGCUGUCAUAACCAUAGGAAUUCCUUUUCCAAAUGUGAAAGAUCUUCAGGUUGAACUAAAGCGCCAGUAUAAUGACCAGCAUUCAAAAUUGAGAGGUCUUUUACCCGGUCGUCAAUGGUAUGAAAUCCAAGCAUACAGGGCCUUAAACCAGGCCCUAGGUAGAUGUAUUCGACAUAAAAACGAUUGGGGAGCUCUUAUUCUAGUGGAUGACCGCUUCAGAAGUAAUCCAACUCGAUAUAUAUCUGGACUUUCUAAAUGGGUCCGGCAGCAAAUCCAGCACCAUUCAACCUUUGAAAGUGCACUGGAGUCCUUGGCUGAAUUUUCCAAAAAACACCAAAAGGUCAUUGAUGUACCCAAAGAGAACAGAAAGUCUAUUCCGUACAGUGAGUCUACACUUGAAGUGGCGUGUUUGAAGGACAGUACCUCAGUUUAUGUAUCAGAAGCAGCAAGUCCUCUAUCACCAGAAAAUCCCAGGGAAGAUGAUUCAGUAUUAUUAGAGAAGUCUGGCCAGGCAGUGCAAGAAGAAAACAUUGUGAUUUCCAGAUCCGCAAGCCCAACCUUCAACAAACAAACAAAUAGAGUUAGCUGCUCGAGCUUUAAUUCUUCAGGACAGUAUCAUACUGGUAAAAUUCUGACCACAACACCCAAGUUUAGGUCAUCAGAGGACUGUGUCUCUCGUUCUUCCACUUUCAAAACAGAAAAGGGUUGUAAAACUGGCUUGCCACUCAUUGAUAAAUCUGAGUCCCCAUCUCAAAGAGUAAACGCAUCAUCUGAACCAGGCUCUCAGUCAGAAACCGCUGUUUCAUCAUUAAAGAUUAAUGCCGCUCUUCUUAAAAACAAUCAUUCCAACCAGCUACUCUGCAGUGAAGAAGCCCAGGAUCCAGACAUUGAAUUGUCUCCAGUAAGUGAAGAAGACAGACUUUCUACUUCAAAUAGAGCUUUUGAAGCAGAAGCAGAAGAUGAAUCUAUCUAUUUUACACCUGAACUAUAUGAUCCUGUAGAUGCAAAUGGAGAAAAAAAUGAACCAGCUGAAACUGGUAGAAAUAAUUCAAAUUGUGUUUUAGCUGAAGAACUUUUUGAGAUUAGGACUGUGACAGAAGUAGAUGCAGUCAGGGAGAGGAAAGCCAGGGAUUGCACAGACACAAGGUCAAAUGGAGCCGCACGUAUUAGAGAAAGCAAAGUUGAUAACAUUGCUAGUAAUAUAGGAACAACUCACAAAAAUGAAUCAGAACUGGAGGAAACUCAUGAAAUGGAGAUAAAGAACUUUGAACAGUCUCCUUCCCAAAAUAAAGGUGUGUUCCCUGGUGUUAGAUAGUAAUACUUAACUGUCAAGCUAUAAAUACAUGUUGUUGGACUUAUAUUAAACUCCAUUAUGAAU